AACACAACCAAAUUUUAUUUCUCAAGUUACAAAAAUAAGAAAAUAGAAACUAAAUCUUAUUUUAAUUCUUAUACUUUUAUGUUUAUCUCAAUUAAAUUAAAUUAAAUUAAAUUAAAUUAAAUUUCUUUUGGGGGAUUCGUGUGAUCCGCAUUAAACGUCGGAAAAUUUUCCGGCGAAAAAAAGUCGCCGGAAAUGGAAGUUCAUGCGUCAGGAUUUGGCCGUGUGCUGUUGUUGAGCUUUUGCGUCGCCGGAAUUUGGGCUGCUUACAUUUCUCAAGGCGUUCUUCAGGAACAUCUGUCGACGAAGAGAUUUGGGGCUGAUAAGAAGAGAUUUGAACAUCUAGCGUUUUUGAAUUUGGCGCAAAAUGUUGUGUGUUUAGUGUGGUCUUUUAUAAUGAUCAGUAUUUGGUCAAGGGGAAGUAAGGGAGGAGCUCCAAUGUGGAGUUAUUGGAGUGCUGGUAUAACUAACACUAUUGGUCCAGCUAUGGGUAUUGAAGCUUUGAAGUACAUUAGCUAUCCUGCCCAGGUCCUUGCAAAAUCCUCGAAGAUGAUUCCAGUGAUGCUUAUGGGUGCUCUUGUAUAUGGCAUCAGAUACACAUAUUCAGAGUAUAUUUGCACACUCCUUGUUGCAGGAGGUGUGUCACUCUUUGCACUGUCUAAGACUAGUGCAAAGACCAUAAGUAAACUGGCGCGCCCUAAUGCACCUCUUGGAUAUGGGCUGUGUUUCCUGAACCUUGCUUUUGAUGGGUUCACAAAUGCUACACAGGAUUCAAUAACAGCAAGGUAUCCAAAAACAAGUGCUUGGGAUAUCAUGCUAGGAAUGAAUCUCUGGGGCACUAUAUACAAUGUGGUUUACAUGUUCGGUUGGCCCCAAGCCAGUGGUUAUGAGGCCAUUCGAUUCUGUCAGCAGCAUCCAGAGGCGGGAUGGGACAUCCUUUUCUACUGCUUAUGUGGUGCAGUUGGCCAAAACUUUAUCUUCCUAACCAUCAGCAGAUUUGGCUCUCUUACUAACACGACUAUCACAACCACCCGCAAGUUUGUUAGCAUUGUUGUCUCUUCCCUUCUCAGUGGCAAUCCUCUCUCCACACGUCAAUGGAGCAGCGUUGUUAUGGUCUUCUCUGGGUUGUCCUACCAGAUUUACCUUAAAUGGCAGAAGUUGCAAAGAUUGCAAAAAAAGAGAAAAGCUACUUGAAAGAAGCUAUAGAAUAGUAAGGUUGCUUAACAGGGAUUCUUUUUUGUGGUUUUUAAUUAUUAAUUUUCUACCUAUUGAACUAAACUUAUACCUUUGUUGUAAAAGUCUCAGUUUGGACUUCAGGAGCAUUGAUCAGGAAGGAUAUAUGAUAUAGAAGAUUGUAACUAGAGUAAGAUCCAGUAUUCAACGAAUUUUUGACAUGAUUAUGCAUAAGAUAUGCAUGUAAAGUGAAGCAAGUAAUUCGUUCUUCUACCUCAAGUUUUGACUCAUUCAUAGAUAUGGAUGAAGGAAUUAUGUCCUCAA